CACGACUCUCUGAGCGGCCAGACCGCAUGCGAAGCACCUAGUUAACGAUCCUCCAUUCCAUAACUAUCUUAGGUAACAUCGACAUGUCGCAUUCAAAACUUCCAAGCUCGACGGGGGUCCCUAAGCCACCGCAUAGCCCAGCGACAAUUGAGAAAAAAGAACUUGCGAAGAGCCGGUUCUUGCGCUUUGUGGAUGUAAACUAUCACGGGCCCAUAGACAACGCGAAGGCAAGUUGGCAGUACGUGGAGCGGACGACACGUAGAGGCGACGUGGACGCUGUCAACGUGUUUGCAAUCUUAAAGCAUAAGGACGGCAACCACCAAGUGCUGGUAGUCAAGCAAUACCGUCCACCUCUCGAAAAGUACACCAUUGAGCUGCCCGCGGGUCUCGUGGACCAGGGCGAGGCGCCGGAGAUCGCCGCGCUUCGAGAGCUCAAGGAGGAGACGGGCUACGUGGGGAAGCUCAUCGGCCAGACGGGCCGGCAGUUCCUCAGCCCAGGCCUCACGAACGAGAACAUGGUCACGAUCUUUGCUGAGAUUGACACGGAGGCCCCCGAGAACCAGCACCCCACCCCCAGCAGCGCGGACCGCAAGCUGGGCAUCACCAAGGAGUGGCUGCCGCUCAAGAACCUGCACCAGACGCUAGCACAGUAUGAGGCGCAGGGCUGGGGCGUGUUUGCAGGCUUGUACGCAAUCGCGCACGGACUCUACGUCAAGGAGCACAUGGGGUUGUAAGCACGUAUCUGCCGCCGCGCCUGUCUGCCGUUUGCGGCUCACGACGGCGCAGGACCCAUUUCACUGAAGCAGCAGUUGGGCAGCAGUGUUGGUAAUGAUGAGGGGAGCGCUAUCGCGCCUCGGAUUGCGUAUUGUAGUCAUGCACAUGGACUAGGAGGCAGGGUUCGAUCAUGCUACAGACCCUGUGCAACAGUGUGGCGUCGGUGUGUCUCGUUUGUGUUGGGGAAUCUAGACGUGUUUCGGAGCCGUGUGCGACCGCAUAAAUUGCCCUGGAAUGGGCAUUUGGUAGCUGACAACAGUAACAAUGCUGUCGACUGGACGGCCAUAGUAUGAGUAGGGAUGGCUCGUGCCGCUUUGCAUGUGCGUGGUAAUCUGCAAUGGCAUUUGUGGUAUUGUUACUAGGAGGGGUUGGUCGGGCGCCAACUCCCGCUCCUUGCUGGGCAGGCUUCUGUUGUAGGAUGACACAGGACAGAUGAACGAAGAUCUGCCCUACCAUGACACUGUAUAUGUUCCUUCGCAAGGCCACCCUACGAGUUCUGCCUUGUAAUAUGUUGGACGUCUAACGGUUGGGUUAUGAAAACCUGCCGCGGUG